AUGAGUCCUGUACAGACUCAGUCGUGGCUCACACAGCUGUGGACACGUCACUGUCUGGAGUGUGACGAAGAUCCCACCAGUGUGAGAGUGGAGAGUGUUUGCCCAAGUCUGCGUCCCACGCCCAUCAUCACCCGCGACCUACAACCCCGUUCAAACCCCGCCCACUGUGUCUGGAAGAGCCACGCCCAUCAGCACCCGCAACCUCUGACCCAGCUCCAUACGCCUGGACACUUUGUCCUCAGAGACUCAGAGGACGUCCCACAGUCGAGGGGCAGCUGCCUGAACGUCCCCGUCCCCACAGAGGAGUCUGGUCCUGGGCUGUGGAGGCAGCGAGUGGAGGAUGAGCGGAGACUGUUUGGGUCAGAGGUUAAGGCUAACGCUAACGCUAACCCUGAUUGUUCGACUGCAACCACCACCACAACCACAACCACAACCACAACCACCACAACCACAACCACCACAACCACCACAACCACCACAACCACCACAACCACAACCACAACCUCGACCUUGACCUCGACCCAAACCCUGACUGUUCUCCUGAUCCAGACCUGUUCAGAUCUGUUCUGUUUGUGUGACACGAGCUCUUCAUCUUCAUCUUCAUCUCUCCUAUGUCUGCGUUUGAGCUCAUCCAAUCACAGAGCAGCAGAUGGAUUGGACCAAUCACAGAGCAGCAUUGUUGUUUGGGCGGAGCCAAAAGUUGAAGUGUGUUUAUGUGGGCGGCUGGUGACUCUGAACAUAAGUGACAUCAGUUUGGCUUGUGCCAAGUUUCAUUUUGGGACAAAGUCCAGAGAAGAGUCCAGAGAAGAGUCCAGAGAAGAGUCCAGAGGAGAGUCCAGAGAAGAGUCCAGAGUCCAGAGAAGAGUCCAGAGGAGAGUCCAGAGAAGAGUCCAGAGUCCAGAGAAGAGUCCAGAGUCCAGAGGAGAGUCCAGAGAAGAGUCCAGAGAAGAGUCCAGAGUCCAGAGUCCAGAGAAGAGUCCAGAGAAGAGUCCAGAGAAGAGUCCAGAGGAGAGUCCAGAGAAGAGUCCAGAGAAGAGUCCAGAGGAGAGUCCAGAGUCCAGAGAAGGGUCCAGAGUCCAGAGUAGUCCAGAGAAGAGUCCAGAGAAGAGUCCAGAGAAGGGUCCAGAGAAGGGUCCAGAGAAGAGUCCAAAGGAGAGUCCAGAGAAGGGUCCAGAGUCCAGAGUCCAGAGUCCAGAGAAGAGUCCAGAGAAGAGUCCAGAGAAGAGUCCAGAGAAGAGUCCAGAGGAGAGUCCAGAGGAGAGUCCAGAGAAGAGUCCAGAGAAGGGUCCAGAGUCCAGAGAAGAGUCCAGAGAAGAGUCCAGAGGAGAGUCCAGAGUCCAGAGGAGAGUCCAGUGA